AUGAUAGCUUAUCUUUUUGUAUCAUUAAAUUCCUUAAGACUAAAAAUAAGAUCUGCUGAUACAGAGAUGGCUAUAAUAUAAAUGAUUUAAAUCAGUGCUGAACAAUCCUCUAUAUAUUCACUAAUUGAAGCUUCAGCCAAAGAAUUGUUCCCAAUUUUAACUUAAAUAGGUUUCACUAUAUACUUAUUUGAUAUCUAGGCAUCUUAAUUAUUCAAUUCCAUAAUUGAUUUUUAGAAAUAGAUCUAAUCUGACCAAUUUUUGUUAAUUAUAAUCAAUUUACAUCAAUUAAUUUGAACACAGAUGAUUAGUAUAAUAUUUUGAUGCCAAAUAACACUCAUCUCUUAAUUAGGAUAAUCCUUUCAAAUUACUACAAAAUUUAACAUAUAUUUUUAAUUUUAAGAUCUCUACUAAUUUUUUAAUCCAUUAAUGUCCAAAUAGAAUAUAGCAUGGUUUAUUGAACUAUAUCAAAAUCCCCUAUCAUCUAUUCGAUCAGA